CAUUCAACUUACCAUAAACUUUAAUAUUUUCGUUGAUAGGGUUGCGUACAAAAGAAAAGUAAACCCAGUCCACAAAGACUCAAAAGAGAAAGAGGGAAGAAGGGUUUUGUUGGAGUUGGGACAGAGAAUAGAGCAUCCGCAUAAACAACAAAAAAAUGGGGAAGGAAGGCGACUUGUGGGAUGAUUCCGCUCUCAUCAACGCCUUCGACGCCGCCAUAUCCAAGUACAAGGAACAUAAUAAGGGAGAGCACAAUCGGCUGCGGACCGCGCCUCAUGAAGCUGAGAUAAUGCAUAGCAAAAAAGGUCAUGAAACUUCAACCGAGGGAGGAAAAGCUGUUGGCAGCACCAAGGAAAAUGUCUCUGCUAAUGUUAACGGAACUCAUGAGGCUAGAAGGGACGCAGAUGAGAAAAGCACUGUUGCAUCAAGUACUGCAAUAUACUCAGGAGAGACUAGUAAUCUUUCAGAAGUUAAGGAAAAUCAUUGGGUAGAUUCACAUGCACCUGAACCCUAUAUAAAUUCAUCAAAUAGUCUACUCGAGCAAGAUGCCAGUAAAGACAGGUCAUAUUAUCAUGGUGCAGAGGAUUAUAACAAGUUACUCAACUCUUAUUAUGAGCUUGAGGAGAAUAGGCAAAAGAUUUUGGAGCAGCUUCAUCAAUAUGGUGGUUGGAACUAUCAAUAUUCUGGUGAAGGUUCUGGUGUACAGUGGGGUAGCUGUUCUACUUCUCAAGAACAUGCCAUCCCUGCAAGCCUAGAUUCUCAUCCAAAUGUAGUCUGUUCAUGUUGCCCCUAUGUUUACCAAUGCUUGGCGGCCCCAUGUACUUCAUGUCCUGGCUGUUCUUUGGGUGGGACAUGUGUGGGCAAGACUUGCACUGAUGGUUCUGUGGCAACGGUUCCUAGAAGUGAAAUAUCUUGCCUUCUCAAAGAUGGUAACAUUGUCCAAGCAGCAAUGGGAGCUGCAGAAAAGGCACUAUCUUCCGUGAAGCCACAAAUUUCUGGUGAUUCUAAUAUAAAUGAAGAUAAAGAAAAAACUGAUGGAGAAACAGCUCAAAGUACUAGCUCUGAAACAGAUCUGGCUGUUGUUUUAAAUGCUUGGUAUUCUGCAGGCUUCUACACUGGCAAGUACCUUACGGAGCAAUCUAUUGCGAAGAAACAGCACAGCUAGGCAUUGCUACGCUUUUGGCAACAUUAAGCAGAGGGGCUGAAUUGCAUCUGAUUGCUUGAGCUUGUGCAAAACUGUAUGAAAACAUCACUCUCAUGGAGAAAUAAAACGUUGCUGUGUUCUACAGUGAAUGCCUUCUCAGAGCUUUUCGUUUAGUCCCUUUGUAUUUUUAUUACCUUCUCAGAGCUUUUCGUUUAGUCCCUUUGUAUUUUUAUUAGCUUUGGACGUUAGUUUUGCGAUUUCCAACCAGCAUGGUGUUAACUGCAAAUUAGCUUUUUUUUAGAGAGAUAGAACGAUUGUUAAACUGUGGGAACCGGCUCGUUCACUAAACCUUUACUACAGUUUAGACUACCUAUUUAUUUUUUAUUUAUAACCACUGGGCUGGAUGU